AUGGCUACCGAAUUGAUUGUUCAGUCUGAGAAGGCUUUCCAGAAGCAACCUCACAUCUUCACCAACCCAAAGGCCAAGGCCAACAAGCGUACUAAGAGAUGGCACAAGGACGUCGGACUGGGAUUCAAGACCCCAAAGUCCGCCAUCGAGGGUUCUUACAUUGACAAGAAGUGUCCAUUCACUGGUACCGUUUCCAUCCGUGGUAAGAUUCUGACCGGAACUGUUAUUUCUACCAAGAUGCACAGAACCAUCAUCAUCAGAAGAGACUACUUGCACUACGUUCCAAAAUACAACAGAUACGAGAAGCGUCACAAGAACGUUGCUGCUCAUGUUUCCCCAGCUUUCCGUGUCAACGAAGGUGACUUGGUCACUGUUGGUCAGUGCAGACCUCUCUCCAAGACUGUUAGAUUCAACGUUCUGAAGGUUACUCCUGCUGUCGGUGGUAACAAGAAGUUCUCCAAGUUCUAG